AUGUCCAAUGCUCGCUCCUCAACUCCUAUUUUGGCUAAACUUGUCAUCACGCCAUGUUCCCAGGUCCAAACUGAAUCCAGGAACACGAAGCCAGGAACGAGCCAAUACCGUGCCGGCGAAGGAAGACAUGCUGGAAUUAGCCAGGAACAGGAAAUACCUUUCACCGAGUUAGAUCUCUCAGAAACAAUCGAGCGAUCCAGAUUGGCAUCAUUUGUGCCGCCCGCAUUUCCAACCCCGGAAUGCCGAACCACUCAGAACGGUUCCGCCCGUCCCGUCUUCCCGCAGAGUGUACCCCGUGCUUGGCCGCCGCCCCCGCAUGUCCACGCCGUUGGGCCGCAAAUUGCAACCCCGUCUGGCCCCCGCGCUUCCCCCGGUCUGUCCCCGAUGUUGCUGGCGAGGCUCGCGCCGGCCACAAGUCGGCCAGACUGUGGACACGGUCGUUGGGUUGGUACAUGGUAA